AUGGACCGAUACCCCUGCGUCAACAGAUACAAGCACGGCGUUGACUGCCCUGGUUGGGUCAAUGUCCAUGGUGCACGUUGCGAAGAUUGCGUCGUUGUAAGUCAAGUAGAGACUCGGAACAUUGGAACAGCGUCUGACAAGCUCCCAGUACAAUCGGUAGAUGAACAGCUUCAAGAUGGCUGA